AUGGCAGAGCCGCUCCCCAUCCCCGCACCCCUCAAGAUCCCCGAAAUCAGCCGCUUCAUCAACCGCGCAAACCAACUCCGCGCCUUCAAGCCCGCCAUCGCAUACUGGUGUACGUUCGGCGAAUACCAUGCCGUCAACCAGAUUGUCGGAAAGGGCCUGCACAACACCGACGAUGACUGCUUCGCCUUCACAAAGGCCCUCCUCGAGCGCCUCGAGGCCACCAAGGCCGAGCGCCCGGACGACGAUGCCAUCAUGGACAACACCGCGGGGCAGGCCUACGUCGAGCAGUUUGCGCAGGAGACGUUUGACCGCGCCGAGCGCACGAUGAGGGCCAACAAGGUGACGAGGCAAACGGCAGAUACAUUCGACGCCGCGGCAACCUUCUUCGACCUCACCCACGAAUGGGGCACCCCCGAGCCGGACGUCCUGCAAAAGAUCAAGUUCGCCAAGUGGAACGCCGCGCGCAUCCUCAAGGCCAUCCGCGAGGGCAAGGACCCCAACGAAUCGAACCCCAAGCCUCGCGAAGAGGAAGACCAAGAACCCGCCCUCGACCCUCUCGACCCCGCCGUCCAGCAGCUGACGAAUCCACCGCCGCCCGCCUCCGUGGAAGAAGUUCCCGAUGGAGGCGAGCCGUCGUCGCGACCGGAGCAGCCCGUGUCAGAAGGAUACUUUCCCCCUCCGCCGCCUCCCCCUCCUCAGCCGGCAGAAUUCGACAGUAACGAGCCCUUCGUCCCUUCGCCCAUGAGCACCAGUCCUCCUCCGCCGGUAGACUCGCAGCCUCCCCCUCCUCCUCCUCCUCAGCUGCCGUCACAGUUUACAUCCUUUGCGCCUCCUCCACAGCCGCCCGAACCCGUCAACCCUUCCAUCCCUCCCAGCUGGACAGCUCCCACAGUCACCGUCCCUCCAGCCGUCGCGUCGCCGACUCCCCUGUCAGCUCCCGUCUCCGCUGCCGUCCCGGCCCCCUCAGCGCCUGCAGUGACAAGUCUCGGUGGCGGCAGCGGCGCACCGUCAGUGGCAGACCAGAAGAGCAUUGCGCAGGCGCAGAAACAUGCAAAGUGGGCCAUUUCGGCGCUGAACUUUGACGACGUCCCGACGGCGGUGCAGGAGCUGCGGAAUGCCCUCGCUACGUUGGGGGCGCUAUGAGGGGA